AUGGAGUCCUUCGAGGACAUGCAAAGUCGGCACCGCAAAGAGCAAAAAGAUCUGCAAGGUCGAAUCACGAACAAGAAGAAAAACGCUACAAAGAAGACACGGAAAGGCGUGAACAGCGAAUGCGACGAGCUGGAGCGCCAGCUUAAGGAUAAGCAGGCGCAAGAAAUCGCAGCUUUGAACGGUGAGCCCGCGGACAUUCAAGAUGUGCCAGAUCUUGAGGAAGACAUUGUCGAAGAACCUGCUACAAAUGGUAUGAACGGCAUCACCGAAUCGUUGGAUAAAUCGGCCAUUUCGGAACCUGAGCCUUCGGAGGAUGGACAGCCUCGAAAACGAAACAGACAAAAGGAGCGGUUGGCUCGUCGCGCGGCAGAACAUGAAGCUGCGAUCGAGCAGGCGAAGAAAGAAGCUGCAAAUCAACCGGAUCAGAAGGCUGUGGAGCGGAAGAAGAUGCUGGAUCAGUUCACUGCGAAUGGCUUGGUGGAGAAGAGUAUUAGACCAGAUGGACAUUGUCUGUUCUCUGCCGUGGCGGAUCAGCUUUCACAAGUUGGGAUUCCAUUGGGUCCAGAAAGUGAGGAUAUCAAGGAGGGAGAGAGGUAUAAGGUUGUGAGAAAGGCGGCUGCAAGGUAUAUUGAGGGACAUCCAGACGAUUUUGUGGCGUGGUUGGAUGAGCCGCUGGACCAGUACGUUGAGAAAAUUAGGGAUACGGCGGAAUGGGGAGGGCAUCUGGAAUUACUGGCUCUGGCUAAGACGUAUAUAGUGGAGAUAUGUGUCUUACAGGAUGGAGUUGCGCAGACAAUUGAGCCCGGAGAUGGGAAGAAGGAUCCAGAAAGGAUUUGGCUGGCAUACUAUCGACAUGGAUUUGGGCUGGGAGAACAUUACAACUCUUUACGCAAGGCACCUUGA